GCCUGAGCGUCCUCCCCCCCGCCCCCGGCGCGGUCCCGGCGCGGAGCGCGCGGCCCGGGGCGGCGGCGGAGCCGAGCGGGGCGGGGGCGGUCCCGCAGACCCCCGGUGCGCCGAGGAUGAUCGGGGGGGCCCUGCGAGCCCCACAGCAGCCCAGGGGCACCGGGAGCUGAGCUGUGGGUCCCCGCGCCGCUGUGUGUCCCCCCCCCUCCCCGCUCCAAGAUGUCUUACUUCACCGAGCACUUCUGGGGCGAGAAGAACCACGGCUUCGACGUGCUCUACCACAACAUGAAGCAUGGGCAGAUCUCCACCAAGGAGCUGGCUGACUUUGUCCGUGAGAGGGCUGCCAUCGAGGAGAACUACGCCAAGGCCAUGGUGAAGCUGUCUAAGAUGGCCACCAACGGGACGCAACUGGGGACUUUUGCGCCGCUCUGGGAGGUUUUCCGCAUCUCCUCGGACAAGCUGGCCCUGUGCCACCUGGAGCUGAUGAAGAAGCUGCACGACCUCAUCAAGGAGAUCUCGCGCUACGGCGAGGAGCAAGGCCGGGUCCACAAGAAGUCCAAGGAGGAGGUGUCGGGGACGCUGGAGGCCGUCCAGCUGCUGCACGGGGUGGCCCAGCUGCUGCCCAAGUCCAAGGAGAGCUACCACAGCAAGUGCCAGGAGUACGAGCGGCUCCGCAAGGAGGGCACCAGCCAGAAGGAGAUCGAUAAGGCAGAGCUCAAGUCCAAGAAGGCGGGCGAGGCGCUGCGGCGGGCGGUGGAGAAGUACAACGCUGCCCGGGCCGACUUCGAGCAGAGGAUGCUGGAUUCGGCCGCGCGCUUCCAGGAGGUGGAAGAAGCCCACCUACGCCACAUGAAGGGUCUCAUCGGCUCCUACUCCCACUCCGUGGAGGACACCCACGUCCAGAUCGGGCAGGUGCACGAGGAAUUCAAGCAAAACGUGGAGAACAUCGGCACCGAGAUGCUGCUGCGGAGGUUCGCCGAGAGCAAGGGCACGGGGCGAGAGCGACCAGGAGUGUUGGAUUUCGACGAGUACCGGCUGGCCCCAACGCUGGAAGGACCCAAGAGGAGCCGGAGUAAAGCUUUCCGUAUCCCUGGGUUGAGCCGUAAGGAGAGGGAUCGUGAUGCUGUGGAAUCCCCGGAUGCCGAGGUGGGCUGCCCGGAGGUGGACGAGGACGGCUUCACCGUGCGCCCCGACAUCGCCCACACCGAGGCGGAGAACCACGUCUGCCCCUCCAGCGACUCCGACUACGACGAGGACGAACCCCGCAAGUUUUACGUCCACAUCAAGCCGGUGCAGCCCCGGGAGGCGGCCGGCAGCGCCGAGGCCACCAUGGAGCAGCUCAAGGCCACCGUGGGGAACCUCAUCCUGCCCCCCAGCUUCGGGGGCACCGUCAAGCGCCAGUCGUCCCGGCACGUGGCGUCUCUGACCCCAGCCUCAAGCGACGCGGACCCCGAGGGGACGCUGGCAGCAGGUGACGGUGCAGGGAGGGGGUGCCCGGCGGCGCAGGUGAACAGUGGCCCCGGCAAAGCCCCUCCGGACGCGGUGCCCCCCGCCGCUCUCUUCGGGCCCCCGCUGGAAUCGGCUUUCGAAGCAGAGGAUUUCCCGGCCCCCCGCGCCUACGUCCUCACCUCCUCCUCCUCCCCCUUCUCCUCUUCCUCCCCGGAGAACGUGGAGGAUUCGGGAUUGGACUCGCCCUCGCACCCCGCGCCCGGACCCUCCCCAGACUCCAGACCCUGGACCCCGCAGCCGGGGACGCCGCAGAGCCCCCUCCCCAAGCGGGGUGGCCUGCAGGACCCCCCCGCACCGCCACCGCCGCCGCCUGCUACCCGGGACCCCGGUGCCUGGGUGCCGCGGCCCCGCAGCCCCGCCGGCCGCCUCCCCGAGCCCCCCGGCUUCGCCGUCUUCAGCGGCCCCGGGGCCGAGGGGCUGUGGGAGGACGUGGGGACGGUGCCCCGGGGACGCAGCCGCUGCCCCAGCGGCCCCGCGCCCCGCGAAGCCCCCUCGCCCGACCCUUUCGGGGAGCCCCUGCCAUGGGUCAGACCCCGCAGCCCCAGUGGGGACCAGCCCCCGCUGCCCCGUCCUUCCUCCAACUCGGCCUCCUCCUCCUCCUCCUCCCCGGCCCCCCAAAGCGGGGGGGAGUCCUCCAGCCCCUCUCCGUGGACCUGCCAAGGGUCGGGGACGAGGCUGACCGAGGGCGGCACGACGGCGGCUCCCCUGCCGCAGCCAGAGCCGGAUGCUCUCCCUGCCCGGCCCAGUGCGGCCCCCCGGGAGGUCCCGCUGGUGGCCCCCCCUCGCCGCUCCCGCACGAAGAGGCCGGUGGCCAGCCUGGCUGCGGGCAGCAACACCGACCUGUCGCGCUCGCUGAGCCCCUCGCCCUCCUGGAGCUGCGGCCCCUCGCACUCGGCGCCCGCCAGCCUGGGCGAGCGGGGCUUCUUCGCCGUCUCCCAGCCAGCACUCGGGCUGUCGCGGGGUCCCAGCCCCGUGGUGCUGGGCUCACAGGACGCGCUCCCCGUGGCCACCGCCUUCACCGAGUACGUCCACGCGUACUUCAAGGGGCACGAUGCCGACAGCUGCCUGGUGAAGGUGACGGGGGAGCUCACCAUGUCCUUCCCUGCUGGCAUCGUCCGCGUCUUCAGCGGCAGCAUGGCCCCCCCCGUGCUCAGCUUCCGCCUGCUCAACGCCGCAGCCAUCGAGCAGUUCCUGCCCAACGCCGAGCUGCUCUACAGCGACCCGUCCCAGAGCGACCCCAGCACCAAGGACUUCUGGCUGAACAUGGCAGCGCUGACCGGGCACCUGCAGAAACAAGCGGAGCAGAGCCCGGCCGCCUCCUACUACAACGUGGCGCUGCUCAAGUACCAGGUGAGCGCGGGACGGGGGGGACACCUGCGACCCCCCAGGUCCCCAACCCAGCUCCUGGGGGCGGGAGGGUGUCGGUGCCUCCCCCCGCCCCAAAACCUCCCUGACCCCCAAAGUUCUCGCGGCUGGGCCCCGGCUCGGCGCCGCUGCGGCUCUGCGUGCGCUGGGACUGCUCGCCGGGCGCCACGCGGGUCAGCGUGGAGUACGGCUACAACGCCGGCGCCCUGGCCCUGCCCGUGCCCCUCGCCAACGUCCACGUCCUGCUGCCCGUCGACGAGCCCGUGGCCAACCUGCGCCUGCAGCCCGCGGCCAGCUGGAACCUGGAGGAGAAGAGGCUGCUCUGGAGGCUGCUGGACGUCCCCGGUGCCCCGGGGCAGGGAGGCUGUGGCCGGCUCUCGGCCAGCUGGGAGCCCCUCUGCGGUCCCAGCAAGCCCAGCCCCGUGGCAGCCCAGUUCAGCAGCGAGGGCAGCACGCUGUCGGGCGUCGACGUGGAGCUGGCGAGCGCCGGGUACCGCAUGUCGCUGGUCAAGAAGAGGUUUGCUACAGGGAUCUACCUGGCGGGGUCCUGAGCCACCUCCCGCCGGACCCUCCGAGCCCCCCUGGGCUUCCCCCUUGGUUGUGUGAACUUGAAACACUGGCCGGAGGCUGGCCGGGGAGGGGGUGCUGCAGGGUGGGGACCCCCUCUUCCUCCUCCUCCUCCUCCUCCUCUCCCUCUGGUCCCCCUGCUCCGUGGUUGUCACCGUGUCGUCUCCUGCUGCCCGGC